AUGCCCUCCGCAGCGCCGCCCCCGGGCAUCUACGUCCCCGUCCCCACCUUCUUCGCCCGCAAGUCCGCCGCUUCCUAUGACCCCAUCACACCUCCCCUCGACCUCGAGACGCAGGCUGCCCACUCUGUAUACCUCGCCCAGGCCGGCAUCAAGGGCCUUGUCAUUCUCGGCUCGACCGGAGAGGCCGUCCACCUUCGCCUCGCUGAACGCGGACAGGUUCUUUCCGCCGCCCGCGCCGCCCUCGACAAGGCUGGCUUCUCCGACUACCCCAUCAUCGCCGGCACCGCCACCCAGGGCGUCGACGAGACGGUCGAGCACCUGACGGCCGCCCGCGACGCCGGCGCCCAGUGGGGCCUCUGUCUCGUCCCCGGCUACUUUGCCGGCGCCAGCACCCAGUCCGGCAUCAUCGCCUGGUUCCGCGCCGUCGCUGACCGCAGCCCUCUUCCCGUCCUGAUCUACCACUACCCCGGCGUGUCCAACAACGUCAAGGUUGCCCCCUCCACCUACGAGAUCCUCGCCGCCCACCCCAACAUUGUCGGCUGCAAGCUCUCCCACGGCGACGCCUCCCACCACGCCCUCAUCGCCGCGAACCCCUCCAUCGACCACACCGCCUUCGCCACCUUUACCGGCCUGGGCCAGCACCUCCUCCCCGUCGUGUCCAUCGGUGCCGCCGGUGCCAUUGACGGCUCGGCCGGCUUCUUCCCCCGUUCCGUCGUUCGCCUCUAUGAGCUUGCCGUCAAGGUCCGCCCCACGGACGAAGAGGCCGCCGAGCGCCGCCUGCUGCAGUUCCGCGUCAGCGGCGUCGAGGAAAUUGUCGUCAAGUUCGGCACCGUGGGCAUCAAGGAGGCCAUCAGCCGCCUGCGCGGCUUUGGCGACAUUGACGGCACCCGUCUGCCCCUGCACGGAGGCAUCCCUGGCGGCGACGCCGAGUGGGCCCAGUGGAAGAGCGUUCUCGAGCCCCUCGAGGCCAUCGAGAAGAGCCUAGGUGGCCAGUGA